AUGGCUGAACCACCAGACAGGCCCAGAUCUCGGGCACUCAAGCUCACAGACGGCUUCGCCGCACCCACCCCCACAGACGGUGCUUCCAGUGCCAGAACACCCGCUUCGACGGAAGUGGGCACAGGCAGUGCCAGACAGGCGCUGCUACAGUCCGUCACUUCCGAGAACGCGGAAUUGAAGGCAGAAAUCGCAGCCCUUCGUCAGCAGAAUGCUGACUUGGCAGAGACUUUGCUCAAGCAGGAGCAGAAGAUCAACAGGCUGGAGGAUCCGCCGCCAACCGUGAUAACAUGGUUGGACGCGACGAUUCGAGACAAGUUCUCAAAUCUCAACGAACUCACGGCAGAUGUCGAGAAGUUCAGAGGCCGCGUAGAUGCCUCUUCCAUUGAGUUGCAGGCCGAGCGGGAUGCAUUCAACAAAGAUCGUCAAGCAUUUGACGAUCUUGUGAAAAUUGCCAGCAAUGUCGCUCUUUCGAAUGGCAUUGAUAUCAAACCGGCAGCUGAACGCCCCAACGCUUCAGCAAGCGAAGCGUUGGAGGCAGAGGUGUCGCGCAUGGUUGCGCUAUGUCUCAAAGACCAUGCAGUCAUCCAAGAGGCUGCAGAGGUGAUGAAGGCCAGAGAUCUAGCUCAAUGCAAGUUAGAUGCUGAACAUAACCACGCCAAGGUUAUGACGUCUCUCGAAUCUAGAGAGGACAAUAUCCAACGGCGAGAAGCGCAUCACGAACAGUGGCUUGAUGUGCUUAAGAACUUCAAAUACGUAUCUGAAGAACACCGCCGCAGAGAGCUCGCUAAGAUUGGUGCAGCUGCUCCCCCAGAUGAGCGCAGGUAUGCGCUUUCUGAUCCCGAAAUCAAGAGUCUUCUCGUUGAACGAGAGCUUGCGGGAUACCUCGAGGUCGGUCGGAUGCUUGACCUUCGACGUGCCUACCGAGAAAAUUUGGAAGGGGUUGAUAAGACUCAAACUGAAUACCUCGAGGAUUUCGGCCACCCAAAUAAUCCUCACCAGGUCGGCAUCAAAGUCGGUGAGAUUUUGGGGUUUCGCUGUCUGUGUUCCGCAGUCGGGAAGCCAGAGUGGGAUCACAGCCUUGACACUCAUCAAUGGAAGUGGCAAGAAUUAUGGACACAGUUUCCGGAAACAGUGCCAGAUUCCUUUUUCGCUGGUGUCGAGAAAGGCAUGGAUCGGGCCAAGAAGAGGCUCGACAUACUGAAGGUUCGACACACUGAUGUCAAGGGAGCAGCCAUACGCUUCCUUAAGGACCGUUGCCCCUAAGUAGGGUGCAACGGGUGGAGACAUAG